AUGACACCCAGGAUAUGCCGCUGGUCGCGGGCAGGAACAGCCUCAUUUACGCCUACGGGAAUGAGUUUGCUUACCAUGGCGGUAACCGCGGCGCCAUGGGCGUCUCCCUGUUCACGGACCGCGACGACCCGGACUCCAAGCCACCCGCAGGCGACCCCCCGCUGCCGGAUGAUGUCGACGGUAGUUUCGAGAUCCGCGCCACGGAUUACGAAGUCCUGUCCAACAUGA